CGGUCAACAUGGGAGAUACGCAAAUCCACAGCAUACAAUGCCCCAACGAUUUCUCGGAAAGUAUGGAGAAUGGUAUUGUGUGCUUGGACAGCCCGAUUUCUGCCACAGACCGGCCUUUGCAUACAUUAACCGUACCCACUCGUGCUGAAGGGCAAGCAAAGGGCAAACAUCCAACCCGGCCUGCUGAGGAACACACCAAGUUUUGCUCUAAGAGAUGUGCCCAAGUCUACAAGGUCGACAGGUUGUAUGUAGGUCUCUUAGGAAACUUACCACCUCCGAGUGUUGUUCAGGACAAGUGGGAUCGAGACGUCCGGCCGGAUCUCGAAAGCUACCUGUGCCAAGCGACCAGUAUGUUGUCGAAAUCAAUGCGUGACGAUGAGGUAAUUACAGAGUUGGUGUUGUGCAUGGCUGGGAAGAAAUGCUCGCCCGCAUCCGUUGUACUCGAAGCCGGUAUGACCUGUCCGAAAGAUCCUAUAGCCUUAAAACCAACCGUUUGGAUUCACUGCGGCAGCAAGAAAUGCAAGAAAAAGGUUCGAGAGACUAUUCGCAACUUGGCCUACCUGAACCAUUUCCUUGAUACUUUUUGUAUGGAACCCCCUUACACCUCAUUACAUGCUCCAUGGCCUGCAGCAAGAGAAAUUUCACUAUAUUCGCCACGUCUUGAAGGGAAAGCCUGUAAAAUGACAUUCGCCGUCCAGUGCCCGCGCCCCGGUUGGAAGAGUAUCUGCGGUGCUAAAGCCAGAUUCACUAUCCAAACCUCAGACGGUACCAUCGAGCGUUACUCAACGCUUGGCGGCUCCGUUAUGGUCGGAAGUUCUCUAUUUGGGUUGACGUCAGCGCACGCUAUCAUGAACUUCUUUCAUGAGGGCUCUCGCAGCGCUUCCAUAAACGAAGUUGAAUCGACGAAUAAUAUUUGUUCGGAUUCAGGCUCCGACUGCGAAACAAGCUCCGACUCGGAACCAGAAGCCUUCGCUGAUAGUCCAUGUUCUUCUCAGACACAAACAUCAUUCACUAGAAGACCUCCACUAGAUGCGAAUCGGAUUCAUGGAACGGAGGACGUUAGGUGGGUGGAAGUACCACUACCGCAGAUUAUUGCGUAUCUUGGUCACGGAACUACAAGCGGUGAUUAUGCCUUCCCUGACCUGGCGCCAAAUGCAUCAGAUUUUGCUCUCAUUGAUAUCGGUUCCCUUGGGGAGACGUCAAAUGAAUUUCACAAUCCAGAUAAUAAAGCCGUCGCACCUAUCUGGGGAUUCAUUCCCACACGCGACCUCCCCAGUGGAGAAGUAUGGAUAAUCGCAACUUGUGGUGGUGAACCUUUGGAGGGAUAUCUAUUAGAAGGUGAUGCUUCAGUUAUUGUCAGGGGCGCCGUCAUGCGCACGAAGAAGAUUCAGGUGGUAACCACAGGCGCUCCUGGCUUGUCGGGCUCUUGGGUUGUCCGCGAUGGGGCGCUAUGUGGUAGUAUUUACGCGGCAGACGACCGAAGUCC